CUGUAGUCAUUCUCCUGAUAUUGUGAUAGUGGAAGAUGAUAAUGAAGAAGAAUACACCCCUGUAAUUCAAGGGGACAAAAGCACAGAAUCGGUUGCUGUCCCGGCUAACAGCCCCCUGAGCCCUGUCAGUGAAAGUACAAGCCCACUCAUGUCAAGUGCUGUACAGCUGAAUAACCAGUCAGCUCUAACUGCGGAAGAUCCGGUCUCAAUGAUGGAUUCCAUACUCAAUGAGAACGGAGUAAUUUCACAGAAUAUAAAUCUCCUUGGAAAAGUUGAACUUCUGGAUUACCUUGACAGUAUUGACUGCAGUUUAGAGGACUUCCAGGCUAUGUUAUCAGGACGACAGUUCAGCAUAGAUCCCGAUCUCCUGGUCAAUCUUUUUACAAGCUCCGUGCAGAUGAAUCCCACAGAUCAUAUCACUAAUACCAAAGUGGAGACAAAGGGAAUAGAAACUACCAAGAACAACAGUGGUCCGGGGGCUUCACAGGAAACACAAGUUUCUAAGCCCAAACUAGAUAAGCAGCUCAUACAGUACACUGCGUUCCCACUCCUUGCGUUCUUCGAUGGGAACCCGGGCACCGACAUGGAGAGCGGGACCUUGGCGGCUGGAACUCCUUCCUCUGCUGACAAACCCCUGGAAGUGGACGAGCUCCUGGAGAGCAGCCUGGAUCCCGAGCCCACCCAGAGCAAACUGGUGCGGCUGGGGCCGCUGACCGAGGCCGAAGCGAGCGAAGCCACGCUGUUCUAUCUAUGUGAACUUGCCCCCGCGCCCAUGGACAUGGACAUGCCGUUCUUGGAUAACUGA